UCCAAAUUACAUCAAAUGUUAAUUCCUUUUACGCAUGAUUUCACUAUAUGUAGUUAUUACCGGCCCACUAACUCCACUACUUCACCACAAACACUCUAAAAUUCAGCAUCUAUAUAAACACAAUCUAACUCACCUAUUACCAUUCAAGAAUCUCUCAUCCUAACUACUCCUUCUCUAGUGCAAAUGGAAAUUCUUCACAUACACUUUCUCUCCGUUUUCCUCUUCCUUUUCUCUUCUAUUUGUAUCCAAUCCGUUUUCUCCGACUCCGGCAGCAUAGGAAUCAACUACGGCCGCGUUGCGGACAAUCUACCCUCUCCGCCGCAAGUGGUGCAGCUCCUCAAAACUCAGGGUAUCACCAAAGUCAAGCUCUACGACACUGAUUCCACCGUCCUCAACGCAUUUUCAGGCUCCGGCAUCUCCGUCACCGUCGCUCUCCCCAACGAGCAGCUCUCGGCAGCAGCCGCCGCCAACACAUCAUUCACGGACUCGUGGGUCCAGUCCAACAUCCUCCCUUACCACCCCAACACCAAGAUCGAAGCCAUUGCCGUAGGGAAUGAAGUGUUCGUCGACCCGAAGAACACCACGCCGUUCCUCGUUCCCGCCAUGAAAAACGUCUACGCUUCACUCGUCAAGUACGGCGUCGCUUCAUCCAUCAAAAUCUCAUCCCCGGUGGCCCUCAGCGCCCUCCAAUCAUCUUACCCGUCCUCCUCCGGUUCUUUCAAGCCUGACCUGAUCGAACCGGUGAUCAAACCAAUGCUGAACUUCCUAAAGGAAACCGGCUCGUACCUGAUGGUGAAUGCCUACCCAUUUUUCGCGUAUUCUGCCAACACGGACACCAUCUCAUUGGACUACGCUUUGUUCCGUAAUAACUCCGGCAGCAAAGACGCCAACAACGGGCUUCUUUACAAAAGCUUAUUCGAAGCCCAAAUCGACGCCGUUUAUGCAGCAAUGGCCGCCUUAGGUUUCAACGACGUUAAAAUGGUGGUCACUGAAACCGGAUGGCCGUCAAAGGGCGACGAAAACGAGGUCGGUUCAAGCGCAGAGAAUGCGGCUGCAUACAACGGGAACCUGGUGCGCAGAGUGCUAACUGGGGGUGGGACCCCUCUGCGGCCCGACGAACCUCUCAACGUCUAUCUAUUCGCCCUUUUCAAUGAAAACCAAAAGCCCGGGCCCACUUCCGAGAGAAACUACGGGCUUUUCUACCCAAAUCAGCAGAAAGUGUACGAAAUUCCGCUCACGGUGGAGGGUCUCAAGGGUGCGUCGCCCACCAUGGACGAGACGGAGGUGAUGGCGCAACCGCCGAGAAAACUGGGGCAAACGUGGUGCGUGGCGAGCGAGAAAGCUGGGGAAGAGAAACUGCAGAAGGGGAUAGAGUAUGCUUGUGGAGAGGGAGGGGCUGACUGCCGUGCGAUUCAGCCGGGUGGGACAUGUUACAACCCGAGCACGCUGCACUUCCACGCAUCGUACGCAUUCAACAGCUUUUAUCAGAAGAACUUCCGGCAGAGUGGGGCCUGUGAUUUCGGCGGCGCCGCCUACGUAGUCACCCACCCUCCCAGGCUGGGGAGCUGCGAGUUUCCGACGGGGAACUAAAUUAACAGGACAUUGCUGAAAGAAAUUAGGAAAGUUGUGGGGUUGGAGGGCAGAAGGAUUUGGUAGGGCAGGCAGGCAUGAUUCUUGCAGCAGUUGGAUUCCUGAACUUAGUCGUCAUGACUUUGUUAAUGCAGAAACAUAAUAAUAGUAGAGCAUAGUAUGAUCAUGAAAUGAGGGGGGGGGGUGUUGAGAAUGCUACAUCCUUGAAGUCUCCAGUACCUGCUGUUUCCUCUGUUGCUGCUACUGCUGCCUUUGUUGAUACAGAACUCAGCAAAGAAGAUGAUGAUGAAGUUGCUGAUUCCUCUCUGUUCGAUGCCGGGUAGAAGCGUGUCAUUCAUUACACGCUUCUUCUAAUUUUGUGUUGUAUUUGUUGUGUGGCAUACACGUCAUUUAUUUUGUGGAUGAUUGGUCCACGUCAUAGCUGAGUCAGUUAGAUAGUUGUAGACGGUUAUGAGUCAGUUGAAGUCUCUGU